AACGCCACAAGUUUGAGGGUGGAACGCCGUCUGGCGGCGAGAAUCGUCACCACGUUUUCAGGCGAAUCGAUAUUCUGCUCAAAUAUUGACUUCGCGAUUGUGAGUGGUGUCGUAAGCGAGUCGUGCAGUAGACGGCGAUGCUCUUUUAAAAAAGGAGUUCUUAGAAGUGAUAAGUCAAGUGCGGUUGGGCGGACAACUCAUAAUCGAAGUAUCCUGGAUACAAAAGUCACAGAAGAUGCUACUGGCGGCUAGUGCUGUGCUUUUCGGGUUGACCCUCGGUCUCUCCCACGCGAGCAUCCCAGCCCUCGAGUCGACACCGAGUUCCUUCAACAAUCAUGGAGUGCCACGAUUGGAUUUGGAUAGUCUCGAAAGUGGAUACCACGGGCUGGUGAAGGAAAACGAAACUCUGGUCGAGGUCACACCACAGAUACGAGCUUUGGGUGCGAAAGUCUGCUCCUUCCGUAUCGCCAACAAACAUCACGGCGAAGCACCCUUCGAGAUUGUUUUAAAAGAGAAAGGAAUCGCAGAGCUGAGAGCGCUGCGAGUUCUGAACUGUGAAAAACGUCGUAACUACAAGUUCGACAUCGAGGCGGUUGGCUGCAAUGGCGCGCUAUCGGAGAACGCGACGGUGCAUAUUACUGUUGUGGACGUGAACGAGUAUGCACCGCAAUUCCUGCAACCAGCCUAUGUCAGCACGGUAGACGAAGGUCGUCUGUACGAAGAGGUGGUCCGCGUCGAAGCCUCCGACAGGGACUGCACCCCGAAGUUCGGCGAUGUCUGCAAAUACGAGAUCUUGACUGCCGAUCAACCGUUCAUCAUCGACAAUGAAGGAGCCAUACGCAACACCGAGCCAUUGGACUACGAGCGUUCGCACAAUUACAUCUUGAGCGUGGUAGCUUACGACUGUGGCAUGAAACAAUCCGCCCCGGCCAUGGUAACCGUUAAGGUGAACCGUGUCUGCGCCCCCGGCUGGAGAGGAAUCCCGGAAAGGGUUGAUUACGCCGCCGACGUAUGUUCCCAGCCGUUGCUUCCCUCCGCCAGGCUGGACCUUUGCGACGCUCCUUGUAUCCUGCGUAACGUCAGAGCCACGUUAACCCUCGCCACCGACCACAUAGGAAAAGGCUGCGACCGCGACACGUACGGCGUACGCAGUCAACGGAAAUUGUGCGGCGCGUCCCGCGACAGCGUCGAUUUAUUGCCAACUCCUGGGCCCAUGACUUCCUGGACAGCGUCUCUGUCGCGAGACGAAGGCAGGGAGGCUGACGAAAUCUUCGAAUUCGACGGCGUCGACUCGGCAGCUAUCGUACCCAGCGAUGUGCUCGAGCACACCUUGGCACAGAAAUUCACCAUCGGGGUGUGGGUGAAACAUCGACCCCGCCCCAGGCAAGAUCCCCACGUUAAGGAACACAUUUUAUGCGCGGCCGACGAUCACAAAAUGAAUAGACAUCAUUAUGCCAUGUUCGUCAGAAACUGCAGACUGAUUUUGCUACUCAGGCGUGAUUUCUCGGAAGGCGACCCUAACAUUUUCCGGCCCGCCGAAUGGCGUUGGAAGCUUAGUCAAGUGUGCGACGACAAGUGGCAUCAUUACGCGGUGCAGGUCGAUUUCCCGCACGUCACCCUAUACGUCGACGGAGAAGAAUGGCGUACCGACGAGAAGAACCCCGAAGUGAUCGACGAUUGGCCGCUGCAUCCCGCGAAAGGCGUCAACACGACCCUCGUCGUCGGCGCGUGCUGGCAAGGCUCUGACAAUAAAACGAAACACCACUUCCGCGGGUAUCUGGCUGGACUCUCGGUUCUGGUCGGUCGGAACGAGAAGCCGGACGUCUUGUCUUGUCUGCGCCGCUGCCAGGAAGGUAUCCGCGUGCCGUCGAUGGACCUUCUCCAGCCGGGAACACAGCUGCUGACCAAUUCCGAUUUAACCGAGGUACGAAUCGACGGAGACAAUCGCACCAACGUCGAGACCCUCCUCCGUCGUAUCGGCUAUUUCAACUCUAGGCGUUUCCCGACACCGGGCCGUCGCAAUUUCCGUCUAGAAACUACGAUUGUAUGCGAGGGUAGCGAGAACAAUCCGCUUCCGGUGCCAACGGUUCAGUCGUACGUUACAGUCUUGCCGCCACCGCGCCCUGGUAUAACCGUGAACGGCACCGGUUACGUAGCUAGGGAGUACGCAGACUUCCGCUUGGGCGUGCGCGUGUUCCCGGAUGCUCGUGUCACUGCCGGUUCCGCGGCUAGGCUGGAUGCGUGCGCGGUCAGCGUGUAUCCCAGCCUGAACCCCGACCACGAGAGUUUAGGCUUACCUGGCGAUGCUCUGCGUAGAUUCCAUUCUAUCACUGCGCGCGUCGAUCGCGACGGUGUCGUGCUUUCCGGCGCGGACACACCUUACAAUUAUCAGCAAUUGAUACGUUUGAUCAUGUACACGAACCGCAAGCCGGCUUAUUAUCUCGACCGCGUUUUCAAGCUGACCUGUUCCGAGCUCAGCGGUCGGUUCGCCAGCAACGAGUACGUGCAGACCUUGGCCGUUAUUCAUCCGAAAGAGAAAACCACCGCCGUUCCUCAUUCGACUCCGGACGAGCCGCCUAUCGCUAGAAUCGUGGAGCCUGUCGCUGGUCACGUACAGUUGUCUCCUCAUCACGCGGACUUGCCGGAGGAGUACUCGACGACUGUCCUCCGCGAAGGGAAUAGGGGUUUCGGGGCGGGUGGUAGUCAUGCCGUGACGAUCGUUGCCGCCGCUUGCAUUUGUUUCUUGCUGUUGAUGGCCGUGGUCGGAGCGGCCAGAGUUAGGGGAGCCGCGAAACGUCGACGAUCCGCUGGCGAUGAACUGGCCGCCGAGACUGAGAUGGCUUGGGACGAUUCCGCGCUCGCUAUUACCGUAAAUCCGAUGGAGAGGCUCACGGAACACGAUUCUCAUCAUCAGAGCCAGAGAGACGAGGAUGUCGAUGAUUCCGGUAGCUCCGAUUCGGAGGAUGGAUCAUACAGAGACGACGACUUAGAUACCUCCGACUGCGAGAAUGAUUGCGAGUUGAGCAAUGGUCGGCAUCGUCGCCACACUUCGCCUCAUGAUUUGGAAUGGGAUCAUCGUGAUGUUUAAAUUACUAACCUUCCUCUGCAUUCACCAUCCCCUUUCUUUGUGUGGUGAUUAAGUGGAGUACUAGCUCACAUUGCUUUCCAUUGUUCCCAAUCGAAAGACCAUUUUACAAAUUUUUUUUUCUUCUCUCUGUCUCUCUCUAUCUCUCUCUCUCUCUCUCUCUCUCUAUCUCUUUCUAUCUCUAUCUCUACUUCCCUUUCGUUUUUUGUCUUUUUCUCGCAAACGCUUCGCAACUCAUAUAAAAUGCAUAUAUGCUAUCCUAUAUAGCGAGCUUCGAGUAAAAAUUACUACGGACCGUCGCCGAUACUUUUUUUCGCGACGUUCGGACCUCAGCGUAUCCUUUUAACGAUAUUUCGAUUUUUGAUAAACCGAUUCGAUAUUUUUAUGUGACCGCGCGAGCGUCGUAUUAUAAUAUCCGUCCCCAUACAUGACAUUGGCAUCGUGAAACGUUAAUGCACCAACUAGUUAGUACUCUCCUUAAAAGCCAACAAAAUUUGUAAGAGUGCGGGACGCUUUAUCGAAUAGUUAAACUCUUUGUAUCUACAACAUGUCGCUGAUGUUGGUAGGUGAAAGAUACACGUAAAAGAAAGAGAAGAAACAGUUCAAUUUAUCGGGAACACUCUCGGUAAAUGUGGAAAAGAAUUAAUUUAUAUUUGUCACUUAUUACUGCUAAUUAUUAUAAUUAUAAUAAUAUUAUUGCAGCUGCUAUUAUUACUAUUAUUAUUACUAUUAUUAUAAUUAUUAUAAUAAUUAUUAUAAUUAUUAUUUUUAUUGUUGGUAGUAGCAGGACAAGGGAACUUUUUUAUACUUUUAGCUGUCUUUUUUGACGUUUAUUCUAUUUUAUUCUAUUCCACUAUUACUACUAUAAAUUUAACUAACGCCGACUAUAUUCGCUAUCAUUAUAAUUCUCGUUGAUGCGCAGGUCGGCCCGAUAACGUAACUUCUUGGAUCUGUUGAACGUGUUAAUUUAAUGGAACCUAUUACUUCCUUACUUUUAAAAGAAUCUUAAAGUCAACGUUUGAUCUCAUAAAUGUAUAUUUUUUAUUCGUAACGACCGUGUCUCUUGUGUUGGGGACCCGUUUUCGUAAUUAGUAUUCGGAAACACGAAGUCAUUCGAAGUACGUGAAAAUAUUCCUGGAUCGGUAUCGCGUAAAUCGGGCUGAACCUAGACCACGAUACUUGCCCAGUCUCACGAUUUUAUUUUUAAGCAAAAAGAAAGAACAAAAAAAAAAGAACACUAUAAGGAAAAGACGAACCUGUAAUAAUUUGCACAAUGUUCCUUCCUAAUCAAUCUAUAAACUCUUAGCUCUUAGUAAGGACAUUGCCGCGCAUCUUAUGAUAGUGCUUCACCAUUAAGUACGGUAUAAUAUCAUAUCUGUAUACAUGUGUGCGCAUGCAUAUAGAUUUGUAUGCGAAUUCAUUGCGCAUACAGACUGUAUGAAGUACAUGUGUAUGUGCAUGAGACACGUGUACUUACAUAUACAUACAGUGUCCGAUCAUUAUUCUGUGGUGAGAACAGCCAUCCGCGCGAUGAACGAUAACAGAUGGAUAACAUGACUAUUCUAAAUAAUGCGCAGCGAUCAACCUCUGAGGUAUAUCGUUUGUUAUUUUUUAAAGAAUUAUUGUGCAAUCACUCUUUUCAUAGAGAAACUGAUUUUUACGUGCCUUUAUGCAAAUUAGUAUGUUGAAUUCUACUCUAUAUUUUAAUAGCGAAACACGAAACUGAUUUCCCAUAUCAGUAUCUCGCAUGUUAGGUGUACCGCCCGGUAAGCUAUCGGAGGCAACUGCUCUACUGUUGUUGUAUUUUAAACAUUAACUGUUAGAAAUGGCAUAGGUCUUAAGCAACAGGCGCAUAGAGAUAUCGGCCAAUCCAUUGACGCGACGGUUUUUUACGUUGUACACCGGGGGAAUUACACGCGCUCGCGGAUAAACGUAUCGCACGCGCUGCGCGUGUAUCCUAUUUUUCGUGAUCGUGGCCAGAAACGGCCGCGCGGACGUAAAGAAUCGUUGGUCAAUUCGAACGCCACCGUGUACGUGCAAUGAUCCGGCAGGAUAUUAAUUCUCGAUGAAUGAUCUCGUAAUUGACUGCGCAUUUAUACUCGCUACGAAGUAAUGAGAGGAUCUUGUGUAUGUAUUUAUGUAUUUAGAGUUAUACCGACCGAUCGAAUAUUUAGUACUGAAAGUUUGUGUACGGAUAUCUAUAUUCAUAGAAACUAUAUGAACAAUUUAUUUUUCCAACGAGCAUAUCAUAUCAUUUUUAUAAGGGAUUUGUCGGAAGUUUGAAAACUUUUCGUAAGAGCUCCUACCAUAGCUACUCGCUAUCGUGAUGUUACUUGCCAUAAUCGCGACUUAUUUCUCGUCCAUCCUAAUCUAUCCACCCAGACCUCACCCCUUCGACGGAACAUGUCAUUUCAUUUCUCUUUUAAUGCUCUGACAAAGAUGCACACGCUGUCUUUAUACGUUGUUUAAGCUCGGAUUGGAAACGGAGAGCCGGCACUUCGAGCGUUUCAAAUGUCGCGAACGAACGGGGGCGAAGCCGAGAGAACAGAAAAUUCGCGCGAAGGGGACUAAAAAGCUCGCUGAAAGGACGCGAGAGGAAAACAUGUGUAGUAUGUCGUUGUUUCUCUUGUUCCGUUUUACGACACGUGUACCUACCUACAUGCACACUUCGAAUCGCUGAUAAGUUCCACGCAAUAGGACACACGUGAGCGACGAAAAACGAGUCUCGAAUAUCCAAUUUUUUUCAUCUGAUCUAUUUCGCUUCACGGUCUCUGCGAGCGCGCGGCGUUAAGUUACACUCCCAGCCCUCUCUCUCUCUCUUCCCCUCCAGCUCCCUUCGGCGAAAGAACAAAAUGCUAUCGGUUUAACGUUGGACGUAUAUUUUACUUAUGUACAGUGGAACACUCGGGAAAACGAUCCCCGCUUGAACAGAGUUCCGAUCAUUUCAACGAGAGAUGCCCGCACGUUUAUCAGCGACCAUCGCACGACUUUGCAUCCCCCCUCGGUGAACCCUGGGAAAUUCAUCUGACCGCGAAAUUAUUCGAUACAUUCCUUCUCGAUCGCACAAUACCGCCAGAUCCUUUCUUCAGUCUUUUACACGGCAUAAGUAUGAUAUCUAAAAGAAAAAGAGGGGAAAAAAGGAAACUGCACAAAAAGUGGAAAACGGUGGCUUUCAAGACCACGUUGGAAGCGGCGCGGUGAACAUGAAUUGCGGCGGGAUUUCGUGUCCGGAAGUCAAUCGUCGACGAGGGGCACGGCUUUUCGAAAAGACGCGACGCGACGCGCGACGAACGGAUCGCGAGAGGGGAAUUGCGUUCUUUUGUUACUCGGUCUAACGAGUCGUUCGGAAGAAGGUAUCAAGAAAGACUCCUUUCUCGUCUGGUGACGACGAUGUCCGGUGAAACGGGAAAAAACGAUGUAACGGAGAAAAAGAAAUGGGAAAAGCGACACCGCUGCAACCUAACUAGGUGUACACAUUUGCUCUAAAGAUGUACUUAAU